AUGGCUCCCCCGCCAUCAGCCAUCUCCAUGGAGGGGUUGGACGACACCACCGCCGCCCCAUUCCCCAACCCGUUGACGCUGCCAUUGGAGGUCAACGACAUUUUUGGGCGCCGGAAUAAGGCCGAUAAGAAGCAAUGGGGCGUCGCCGCGCCGUCGGUGACCAGCUCCUUCAAGAUCGGGUCGCCGCGGACGGAUCGACCGAAAGCGAAGCGAUGGGAUGACCACUUCACCGACGAGACCCUCCUCCGCAAAGGCUCCUCCCUCAAACAAGCCGCCAAACACCUCAGCAAGCCCGGCAUCAUCUCCCUCGGCGGCGGCCUCCCCUCCUCCGAAUACUUUCCCUUCGCCACCCUCACCUCCCUCGUCCCCACGCCCCCCCACUUCGCCGAGAGCGACACUACCCCGUCCACCGGCACGGAGCUCCGUUCCGGAAAGCAUGACCUCGCCACCGAGCGCUCCAUCUUCGACCUGUCGACCGCCCUGAACUACGGGCAGGGCUCCGGCGCCGCGCAGCUGCUGCGAUGGAUUGUCGAGCAUACGCAGCUCGUGCACGAUCCGCCGUAUCGGGAUUGGGCGUGCACGAUGAGCAUUGGGAGCACGAGCGCGCUGGAUAUGACUUUGCGGAUGUUCACGACGAAGGGGGAGAAGAUCCUGAGUGAGGAUUAUACAUUCGCGAGCGCCGUGCAGACGGCCGAGCCGAUGGGAGUGGGCGUUGUGGGCGUCAAGAUGGAUGCGGAGGGGCUGUUGCCGGGACACAUGGCGGAGAUCUUGGGCGGGUGGGAUGCGGUGAAGAUGGGGGCGCCGAGGCCGCGGGUGCUGUAUACGGUGCCGACGGGGCAGAAUCCCACGGGGGCGACGAUGGGGAAGCAGCGGCGGCAGGAUGUGUACGCCGUCGCGCGCCAAUACGAUGUCAUCAUCCUGGAAGACGAACCGUACUACUUCCUGCAAAUGCAGCCGUACGUGGCGAAAACGGCGGGCGCGGAAUCACAAGAGCCACCGCCGCCACGCACGCACCGCGAGUUCCUGGACGCGCUGGUGCCCAGCUUCCUGAGCAUGGACGUCGAUGGGCGGGUGAUCCGCAUGGACUCCUUCUCGAAGGUGAUCGCGCCGGGAUCCCGGGUGGGGUGGAUCACCGCGUCGGAUCAGAUCGUGGAAAGAUACCGGAAGCACGCGGAUGUGUCGACGCAGGGGCCGAGCGGGUUCUCGCAGAUAAUUCUAUUUAAGUUGCUGGAGGAGCAUUGGGGCCACAGCGGGUAUCUCGACUGGUUGCUGUUCAUCCGCAUGGAGUACACGAGUCGGCGGGAGGUGAUCCUCGAUGCAUCGGAGAAGUUCUUGCCGAAGGAGGUGGUUAGCUGGGUGGCGCCGUCGGCCGGCAUGUUUUUCUGGAUGAAGAUGGACUGGCGCAAGCACCCGCAAGCAGGCACCCAGUCCCUCCUCGAGCUCGAAGAUGAGAUCUACAACACCUCCAUCGAGGAAGGCAGCCUGGUCAUGAAAGGCAGCUGGUUCUACGCCGACCCCUCCGCCAAGCACGAUACAUUGUUCUUCCGCGCCACCUACGCCGCCGCGCCGUCCGAUAAGAUUCAGGAGGCGAUCCGCCGGUUCGGCGUGGCGGUGAAGAAGAGCUUCGGGUUGGUGGCUAACGGGGUGUGA